CGGGGGCGGGGCCUGCCCCGGAGCGUGUGACGCCGCGGAGCUGAGGAUUAAUGGGAAAAGUUUUGGCAGGAGCGGGCGGAUUCUGCGGAGCCUGCGGGACUGCUGCGGCGUCGCGGGGGGCGGCGGGACAGUGUCUCGAGGUGCUUUGGGCAUGAGCCUGGCGGCCCCCCCAGAGGCUUCUCACCCGUGGAUGAGGACGGGCGCACCCUAAGGACCUUGUGCUUGCAAGGCCGACAGGAACUGCACUGUAGAGGUCCAUCUGCUCACAGACCCAGAUGAUGCCAGAGCUAUGACCAGGCCUGCAGGCGUGGCUCCGAGGGGAGACCAGCCAUGGAGCAGCCACAGGAGGAGACCCCUGAGGUCCGGGAAGAGGAGAAAGAGGAAGUGGCAGAGGCCGAAGGAGCCCCAGAGCUCAAUGGGGGAUCAGAGCCUGCGCUUCCCUCCAGCAGCUACACAGACCUCCCCCAGGGCGCCUCUCCACCCUCGCUGCUGGACCAGCUGCAGAUGGGCUGUGAUGGGGUCUCGGGCGGCAGCCUCAACAUGGAGUGCCGGGUGUGCGGGGACAAGGCAUCAGGCUUCCACUACGGCGUCCAUGCGUGCGAGGGGUGCAAGGGCUUCUUCCGCCGCACCAUCCGUAUGAAGCUGGAGUAUGAGAAGUGCGAUCGGAGCUGCAAGAUCCAGAAAAAGAACCGCAACAAGUGCCAGUACUGCCGCUUCCAGAAAUGCCUGGCCCUGGGCAUGUCGCACAAUGCCAUCCGCUUUGGCCGGAUGCCGGAGGCUGAGAAGAGGAAGCUGGUGGCGGGGCUGACAGCCAGAGAAGAGCAGCAGCACAGCCCGCAGCUGGCUGACCUGAGGGCCUUCUCCAAGCACAUCUACAACGCCUACCUGAAGAACUUCAACAUGACCAAGAAGAAGGCCCGCAGCAUCCUCACCGGCAAGUCCAGCCACACAGCGCCCUUUGUGAUCCACGACAUCGAGACACUGUGGCAGGCAGAGAAGGGCCUGGUGUGGAAGCAGCUGGUGAACGGCCUGCCGCCCUACAAGGAGAUCAGCGUGCACGUCUUCUACCGCUGCCAGUGCACCACGGUGGAGACCGUGCGCGAGCUCACUGAGUUCGCCAAGAGCAUCCCCAACUUCAGCAGCCUCUUCCUCAACGACCAGGUGACCCUGCUCAAAUAUGGUGUGCACGAGGCCAUCUUCGCCAUGCUGGCCUCUAUCGUCAACAAAGAGGGGCUGCUGGUGGCCAAUGGCAGUGGCUUUGUCACCCAUGAGUUCCUGCGCAGCCUCCGUAAGCCCUUCAGUGACAUCCUCGAGCCCAAGUUUGAGUUUGCUGUCAAGUUCAAUGCCCUGGAACUGGACGACAGUGACCUGGCUCUGUUCAUCGCGGCGAUCAUUCUGUGUGGAGACCGGCCGGGCCUCGUGAACGUGCCUCAGGUGGAGGCCAUCCAGGACACCAUCCUGCGCGCCCUGGAGUUCCACCUGCAGGUCAACCACCCCGACGCCCAGUACCUCUUCCCCAAGCUGCUGCAGAAGAUGGCCGACCUGCGGCAGCUGGUCACCGAGCACGCCCAGAUGAUGCAGUGGAUCAAGAAGACGGAGACCGAGACCCUGCUGCACCCACUGCUGCAGGAGAUCUACAAGGACAUGUACUGAGCCACUGCCCAGGCCUCUGCAGGCCCUGAGGGGCCCCGCCAGGGACGCCGCAAGCCCUCAGGCCAGCCCUGCGCGGGUCACACGCCCACACGCCCCGACACGCCGCCCUGGCUCCCCGUGUUCUCUUUCUUCCCUUGCUUUGCUCCCCCAGCUUCUCAAGCUCUGCCUUCUGCCCUCUGCCCCUGUCUCCGUCUCCCUUCUUGCUCCCUGCCCUCCCUGCCUCUCUAGCCUGAGACCGGCUCUGUUAUCUCACCAGGGGGCCUCUUCUCCCACCUCCCCGCCCGCUGCCUCACCCGCCUUCUUAAGGCCACACCCACCUUCAUCCCCGCCCACCUUCAGGCUCCGCCCCCUGACCAGCUUCCACCACCUCCAGUCUGGAAAACACACCUUUGGGGGGGGGGGGCGGGGUACUGAGGAUCAAACUCAGGACCUUGAGCUUACAAGCUAGGCGGCGACACCACCGAGCUAAAUCCCCAGCCCGUCUCCAGUCUGAAUCCUGGAGCCAUCCAAAGAAACACUACGCUCUCUGGGCCCGGCUUCUAGGUGAAGCUUAGCCUAGACCUACAGCAGCACCAGCCUGUGAUCACUGGGUCCCUCUGCAGAGGACAGUGGGCAGGGCACAAGGGAGAGACCCAGAUGCGUCCACACAGUGUUCCCUGGCCCCUGUCCAAGGCUGGCCCUAGACUCAGCGCCUCCCAACCUCCUACCCUGUGACCCUCUGAUCUCUGCACCAGUCUUCUAGACCACCGGGGCUGGUGGCCCCUGCGCUGGCCACUCCCCAGCCUGGAUGGAGCCAGGGUUCCUCCAGGUGGGGCCCCACACCCCACUGAAGAGGGAGGUAGAGGCUGGUUGCAAGGAACAGCACACUUAAUUGUGAGUCGUGGCGCCAGAGGCCAGGGAGUAUGGGUCAGGCCUCCAUCGGCACCCACUCCCCACCUGGCAGCAGCCACCCCCUUGUGUCAGCACCCAGUGCUGAGCCCGACAUUCACCCCCUUUGCCCGCAGGAGACACUGGGCCAAUGCACACCCUGCACUGCACUGCGAUCACUUUACCUGAAUCUCCGUGCCUGCCCCUUCCCCCUGAGAGGUGGGUGCCAGGCAGCCACUGUCCCCAGGGCCAGGCAGGUCCAAGUGGGCAGGGGUCCACACAGCACGAGCUGCCAGGGUCAUGUUGGCCUGUCUGUCUAGCAGCUCCACUGCCCUCCCCUUUCCGUUUCCAGCAAGCUGAUCCCUAGGAACUGUUUCUGCAUAGCCUCUGGUGACGGGACCAUGCGGGCUGGUACUGUGGCUCAGGCCAGCCACCUCGCCCCCGGUGGAGGUCCAGUCACCUCACAGGAGGGACAGAGCCCAGCCUGGGAUUUGCAAUCUGUGAGAGGCCCCGCCAAACCUCGCAGGGGUGUGGGACCAGCUGGGGCCUCAGAGCAAGGCAACAUCUGAACCAGGGUUUGAACCUGUGCAUCUUGUGUCCUGCCUGGCCCUUCCCAAGGACUCUGGGGGGAAAUGACCUGCAGACAGGACAGGCCCCACCUCUGUCCCUGGCAGCCUGGUGGCCACCUGUGUCCCAGGGCCACUCUAGGAGAUCUUUGGCUCUCUGACCCCUGCCCUGGCUGGGCUGACUUCGUGCUGGGGCGCUGCCCUCUGGGCCAAAGCUGUGAAGGAGGGCAGCACCCGACCCCUCCCCACCGCCCUGCCCUGUCUGUGCUGAGGGCUGUGGACCUCAGUGUCUCCGCAGUCUCCAAUACUUAAAUGUAUAUUUUUGCUAGGAGUCCAGCUUCCUAUGUUUUUAAUAUAAAUAGUGUACACAGACUGACAGAACUUUAAAUAAAUGGGAAUUAAGUAUUUAA